UGGUCAUCUCCUGUACUGUGUCCGCAGUCUCUGGUCAUCUCCUGUACUAUGUCCGCAGUCUCUUGGUCAUCUCCUGUACUGUGUCCGCAGUCUCUGGUCAUCUCCUGUACUGUGUCCGCAGUCUCUGGUCAUCUCCUGUACUGUGUCCGCAGUCUCUGGUCAUCUCCUGUACUGUGUCCGCAGUCUCUGGUUAUUUCCUGUACUAUGUCUGCAGUCUCUGGUCAUCUCCUGCACUAUGUCCACAGUCUCUGGUCAUCUCCUGUACUGUGUCCACAGUCUCUGGUCAUCUCCUGUACUGUGCCCGCAGUCUCUGGUCAUCUCCUGUACUGUGUCCACAGUCUCUGGUCAUCUCCUGUACUAUGUCCACAGUCUCUGGUCAUCUCCUGUACUGUGUCCACAGUCUCUGGUCAUCUCCUGUACUGUGUCCACAGUCUCUGGUCAUCUCCUGUACUGUGUCUGCAGUCUCUGGUCAUUUUCUAUACUAUGUCUGCAGUCCAUUGGUUCAGAAUAUUUUUUUUUCUUGUUUUUCAGCUCUAA